AUGUCGCUAACACAAGCAAUCGGCGAACUGGCCAAUCCAUACCACGCCUAUGUCUUCGGCACUGCCUUCUGGUACUUCCUACGUGGUAUGGUCCGAGUCAUCGACCCAGCAACAGUCUGCGGCUGGUUCAGACCACCAAUCGACGGACUUCCAACACCCAACGACCUCGAACUCUACACAACUCGCACCGACGCCUUCUCCCUGCUCGCCCUAGCCGCGACCCUCCUCGCCAUCGCCGACGCCGUCGCCCUCCCAUCCCAGUACGUCGGCUCCACCCUCGUAAACGACGCCCCGCCGAAGUCGAAGAAACCGUAUGCGCGCGCGAUUGUUGUUAUUACGAUCUUGCAUCACGUUGCGACGGGUGUAGGCGCGUAUCCGCAUUGGAGUCGGGAGAGUCAUAAUACUGUGGCUAUGGAGAUUGGAGUGUGGGGGAAUGUGUUCUUUACUGUGUUGGGAGUUGCUGCGUUGCAGUGGGGGUUGAGGGAUAGUGGGGCUUUUAGUUUGGGGGGAAAGAAGAGGGCGUAG